CUGAUUGGUCUGUAUUGCGCUCUUGAAGAAAUCAAAAGCGUGAAACGAAUGAAACCAGCUGAAUUUCAGUCAUUUCAGUACAAUAGUACACGGCCGUCCUGUGACUGUGGGGUGAUUGACUGUACUGACGUUUCGUUCGUUCAUUUUCAUUAGCGCUCUAUCUGUGAACCUCCAGCUUCGUGAGAAAUGUCAGGAGAAAUGAACAUGCCCGCUGACAAGGAAUUGGGGCCAGUUUAUGGCGGGUGUGAAGGACCCGAUGCCAUGUAUGUGAAACUAAUCAGCAGCGAUGGCCAUGAAUUCAUAGUGAAGCGGGAACAUGCUCUAACCAGUGGAACCAUCAAGGCAAUGCUGAGUGGUCCUGGCCAAUUUGCUGAAAAUGAGGCGAACGAGGUCAACUUCCGUGAGAUUCCGUCUCACGUUCUUCAAAAAGUCUGCAUGUACUUUACAUACAAGGUACGUUAUACGAACAGCAGUACUGAAAUACCAGAAUUCCCAAUAGCACCUGAGAUUGCUUUAGAACUCCUUAUGGCUGGCAAUUUCCUUGAUUGCUAAAUAAUACUACCAACUGUAACUCAAUAUGUCAGAGAAACAUCCAGGGUCGUGAUCGCAUUACUCAGGGCUCAUCGAUGUAGAUUUGAACUCUAGAUACUUAACGAAAUUUAUCAGAUUAAUACUUAAUAACGGAAUAUGAUGACACGGAGAAGAGUGCAGCACAUCGAAGUAAACCUGGAAGAGAUUAGUCUAAGACUUCGACUUCACAUAAACCCUGUCAGUCUGAAGUGCUGGAUGAAUUGUCAUUAUGUCUAGGCGUAAGGUUUUACAUCAAGUUAUCACGUCUGAAUUUGAAUCAUGCAGAGCUGGUUGAAAUGCUAAAAUUUAUUUAUUUCGUUGAUAUCUGAUCCUCUGUAUGUAUACAUGUGAGCCGAUAUUAAUAUUUCAUACAAAACUAUGUCUGUUGGAACGUAGCCAACACAAGUUACAAAUUUAUUUUAAUGCUUUGUUCACAGUAUCAAAUUCAUUUACAGAUUUAAGAACAAAUGCUUGUAUGUCAAGAUUAUAAAUUCGUUAAAAAUAAUAAAAACUUUUAUAACCAUUAAGACUGCUGCCGAUUCAUAGCUGAAUAUCUAUUAGCUCACUAAUACACCAUGAUCUAAUUCAAUAAAAUGCUUUCACUAAGAAUUAAAUUAUCCAAUCUAUUACUCUUACCCUGCCGAAUACUGAAUAAUUUUUCAAGUCUGCCAAUUCAUAUCUUUGCAGUACAGACAAAAGUUGAAUCUGUUUACAUAAUUUACUUAACAGUUCAGAUUUUAUCAUUUAUUGCUUAGUGUUCAUCGAUCUAUGUAAAUACCUAUAUUUGCUCCUAAUACGAGGAAAAUUAAUUGAACAACCCAAUUUUAUUAAAUUUUUUAUGAAGCGCUAUUAGACCAUGCCAAUGAGAGAAUUAGAAAAAAUUUAUAUGAAUAAGUGUGAGCAUGGAUAUAUUGAUGAUAGAAAAAUUUUCAGAGUCCAAAAUAAAAUGAAAAUGAAAAUAAAAAUGAUCUUGAAAUGCUCAUUUUUUCCUUUAAGAAUCAAUCCAAUAAGUAUAUUCAAAUAAGCCAAUUCCUCGGUCUAAGUUAGAUAAUUCCUUAGAAUACGCCUGUGGCAAAAGGUAUCUAAGUGCUCAAAUAUCCAUUGCAUUGCUAUUUAUGUAUUCUUGCAAGUUUGUCAAGCUGAAUAAUACCCAAUCCGCUCAUAAUAAAGUUGAAAUGACAUAUCUGUGCUACUACACAUAGAAGUGUAUAGGGGUAUAAUAAUGUGAUUAAAGUAGGAAUUGUCCACAAGUGUAUCAACUUUUUCGAAAUUCUAUACAAACAAUAGGGUGAACAGAUGAUGACCCUUGUUGAAAGAAAAUUUAGACAAACAAUUGACUUUGAUACCAUCAAGCUUCGUUUGCAACUGCCCGGUCCCAACGAAACUUUUAUUUAUGCACAGUACAAUGUGAUAUCACGUAUGAGCAUGUUAUUCAAUCAAUUCAAAUACACAAGUAAUUUUCAGUAAGUGAUGGUGUACAAUAAUACAUUUGAAUCAAAUUUAAUAACAAAUUGCCAUCAAUUUUCUGUAUAACAGUGUGUGUCGAAUCCCAUCAUAUUAAAUGUCAAAUUACUUACAAGUUAUUUUAUAUAUAGCCAUAAGCUUCACCUUAACUGUCCCACCUACAUCUUGAGAAGAAUUUAUUAUGUCCGAUGAAUAAAUGUGAUUUUUCUAUAUAACAGAUAAAGUUCUCGUUUAUUCAAAUUAUACCUAAUGCAAUCAUAUAUGCUAAAGAUAAAAUAUUUCGUGAAAUGCAUUUGUAAUGAGAAUAAAUUUUGCAAUAUUUAGUUAAUGAGACCAUUCUAGAGAACUUAAAAGUCACUUCAUGCCGUAUGUUGACUGUUCUAGGAGAACUCCCACAGUGCCAGUGAAAGGUCUCGUUCACUGAAUAUUGUUACUGAUAGUCUUACAAUACUUGAAUGUAUAGCUAAAAUUACGAACAACAAAAACAUUGUAUUUGCAAAUUGUUUUUAAAACAUUCUGUUCCGUAUGAUAUUGCACAUGAAAUUUGAAACACAUGAUACUAGA